UAUAUAUAUAUAUAUAUACACACACACACAUACAAAUCAUCGAAUGCUUAAUUACACGAGAAAAAUGGAUUCCGACGAAGCAGAUGCAACGAAUCGAACGGCGGAAUCCGGCGAUUCUCCCGAUCGGGAUCGCGCUGCCGUGGCGCGGCGGGUGGAGCGGCUGUCCUCGCACCUCAAUCCGCCGCCGGAAUUAUUUAUUAACGGCGGAUUGGCGGUGGCUCCGUGCGCGGCGCGUGCGAAGAAGAUCGAGGUGGACAAGGAUCGAUUGUCGGCGUACAUGAGGGGGAAAUACAGGGACGUGCAGCAGGGGGUGUACGACUACUUCAAUUCGAGGCCGGAGCUACAGACGCCGCUGGAGAUCUCGAAGGACGACCACCGGGAGCUCUGUAUGCGGCAGCUGAUGGGGCUUGUCCGGGAGGCCGGAAUCAGGCCGUUCAGGUAUAUCGUUGAUGAACCGGCGAAGUAUUUCGCGAUUCUCGAGGCGGUGGGUGGCGUUGACAUGUCUUUGGGGAUUAAGAUGGGCGUCCAAUACAGUCUUUGGGGAGGCUCUGUGCUAAACUUGGGAACGAAGAAGCAUAGAGAUAAAUAUUUCGAAGGCAUAGACAAUGUGGAGUAUCCGGGGUGCUUCGCCAUGACAGAGCUUCAUCAUGGUUCAAAUGUUCAAGGCCUACAAACCGUCGCAACUUUCGAUCCAUUUACAGACGAAUUCAUAAUCGACACACCGAACGACGGGGCAAUCAAAUGGUGGAUCGGAAACGCUGCAGUCCAUGGCAAAUUCGCAACGGUUUUCGCAAAGCUAGUUUUACCCACACACGACACGAAGGGUGUCUCCGAUAUGGGGGUCCACGCAUUCAUAGUCCCAAUCAGAGACAUGAAAACUCACAACACACUGCCGGGUGUCGAGAUCCACGAUUGCGGCCACAAAGUCGGAUUAAACGGAGUCGAUAAUGGAGCACUCAAAUUCCACUCUGUAAGAAUCCCACGAGAUAAUCUUCUCAAUCGAUUCGGAGACGUCUCACGAGAUGGCAAAUACACGAGCACUUUACCUUCCAUUAAUAAAAGAUUCGCCGCUACGUUAGGUGAGCUUGUAGGAGGAAGAGUUGGUCUUGCUUAUUCAUCGGUAGGCGUGUUGAAAAUUUCCGUAAUAAUUGCUGUGAGGUAUUCGCUUCUUCGGCAUCAAUUCGGUCCACCUAAGCAACCCGAGAUUAGUAUACUCGAUUACCAGUCACAGCAGCAUAAGCUGAUGCCUAUGUUGGCUUCGAGCUAUGCUUUCCAUUUUGCAACGUUGCAUUUGGUGGAUAAAUACUCGGAGAUGAAGAAGAGUCACGAUGAAGAAUUGGUCGGUGACGUGCACACACUUUCGGCGGGGCUUAAGGCGUAUGUGACUUCUUAUACGGCAAAGUCGUUGAGUGUUUGCAGAGAAGCUUGUGGGGGGCACGGUUAUGCUGCUGUUAAUAGAUUUGGUAGCUUGAGGAACGAUCAUGAUAUCUUUCAGACGUUCGAAGGGGACAACACUGUGCUACUGCAGCAGGUGGCAGGUUAUCUCUUGAAGCAAUAUCAGGAAAAGUUUCAAGGUGGGACCCUCACGGUGACAUGGAACUACUUGAGGGAAUCGAUGAACUCGUAUUUGUCACAGCCCAAUCCAGUCACUGCUCGAUGGGAAGGUGAAGACCAUCUAAGAGAUCCCAAAUUUCAACUGGAUGCCUUCAGAUAUCGUACUUCUCGAUUGCUUCAAAGUGUGGCCGUUCGACUCAGAAAGCACACGAAAAAUCUAGGGAGCUUCGGUGCUUGGAAUAGAUGUUUGAAUCACCUGUUGACACUCGCGGAGUCGCACAUUGAAACUGUCAUCCUCGCAAAAUUCAUCGAUUCUGUGAGGAGUUGUCCGGAUUCGGGCUCUCGUGAUGCUCUGAAACUUCUCUGCGAUUUAUAUGCAUUGGACCGAAUUUGGAACGAUAUUGGAACUUACCGGAAUGUGGACUACGUUGCUCCUAACAAAGCUAAGGCAAUACAUAAGUUGACUGAACUGUUAAGCUUCCAAGUGAAGAACGUCUCGAAGGAACUUGUGGAUGCAUUCGAUAUCCCGGAUUACGUCACACGUGCACCAAUAGGGAUGCAGGCCACAGAGGAAGCGUAUUCGCAUUAUACUCAAUUCGCCGGAUUCUAGUAAAUGCAAAAUAUUUAUAUAAAAAGGAAUUGUAAUAAAUGUCGAAUGUAAUUUUUCGUUUGCUGUAUAAUGAAGUUUAGAGAGAAAGCUACGUGAUUAAUGUAAUUUCUCAUGACUGUUUAAAAGUGGACAUCUAAUUCUCGAGUCGAAUUGUGUCCGAAGUUAUCUGAUAUAAAAUAAUUAUUCAUCUCUGAAAUUCUUAAUUUUCUAAAAGAUUUUGGAUUCAAUUUUAAUUUAAUUCGUCGUGCUGCAAACAAAAUUUCUGGAUCUUCCUUUUCUCAAGUGUUCAAAUUAACUGAUUGGGUGCAUAAAUCACACCCUAUCCUUCUAUUCAACAAAUGUAAGAUAAAAAUUCAUACAUUGUAACACUUAACCUCACGUAAAUUCAACUAAAAUGUACUUAACAAGACAAGCAUAAAUUUAGAAACAUGGUAAGUUGCAACGACAACAUUAUAGAGUGUGUUAAUAAUACGACGAUAAUAACAACCGACAAAUAAGGUUCUAUAAUCAAUAAUAAA